GACCCGGAAGUGCGCUUUAUUUUGAUAAGCAGCAGCUGUUGAUGUCGCUUUGCGUUUAGGAACCAUGCAGGAGUGUGCUCUCUUCACUGUUAUCGCCAUUUAACGCGUUUUCAAGUUUCUAAACUAUGCAAACUGCUAUAAUUAUUCCUGAAGAAGCGACUAAAUGGGACAUUCGCCAAAAAGUGUGGGAUUACAUCGAGACUAAAGACCUGGCAACCUUUCCCCGACCUGUGCACCACAGAAUCCCAAACUUCAAGGGGGCUCAUGGGGCGUGCGGGAAGAUCGUGGGCUUUGAGAUCUUCACCAAAUGCGAUGAAAUCAAAGUGGAUCCUGAUAAACCCCUGGAAGGGGCUCGAUUAGCAGCGCUGCAGGCUGGAAAAACACUGCUGGUCCCGACGCCUCGCCUACGGACAGGACUGUUUAACAGAAUCGUUCCUCCACAGAACGCCACCAAGGAGGAUCUGCGAGUGUGCUCUACGUCUCAGGGUGUUAAAGAGUUCAGUGUCCCAGUGGGAUUAGACUCGAGAGUUCACGUGGACCUGGUUGUGGUUGGAUCUGUUGCUGUGUCUGACAAAGGAUACAGAAUUGGGAAAGGUGAAGGAUAUGCCGACAUGGAAUAUGCCAUGAUGGUCUCAAUGGGCGCUGUGAAUGAAUCCACAGUGGUCGUGACUGUUGUUCAUGACUGCCAGGUUGUAGACAUUCCAGACGGACUGACGGAAAGUCACGAUCUCACCGUGGACUACAUCCUCACACCGAGCAGGAUCAUCAAGACCGAGUGUAAGAUCCCCAAACCACAGGGCAUCAUUUGGUCAAAGCUCGAUGCAGAAAUGCUGGAGAAGAUUCCCAUCCUGAAAAAACUGCGAGCCUUGGAGCAGAAGGCUGGAAAGGACGUGAUGCUGAAAGUGUCCUCCGCUGAAAGUAUGAAGACAAAACGGGAGCAUAAACCUGAGCCCAAGCCCGGUCCUGAUCCAAAACACCAUCCUAAAACCCCAAGGCAAGAUCAUGCACUUCCGCUUGAAGAAGCUGAUUUGAAGCGUGAACGCUCUCAGGCUCCUGUAAGCACACUUUAUUUAGGCGACCUCCCAGCUGGACUGCGUGUGAGCGAGCUGAAGCGUUUCCUAAGGGAGCGGGACGCUGUACCUGUUCGACUCACCUGGAAGGGGGCACAGCGCAGGGCGUUCCUUGAGUACAGUGAUGAGCGAGCCUCGGAUCAGGCCCUGGAUGCCCUGCAGGGACUCUGCAUUAACGGCCACACACCGCAGGUAGAACGAGCCAAAAGCCAAAAGAGCUUCCGUAGACCAGGUCCUACCAAAGAUCUAUCAAGAACAAACCCAUAGGAACAGCUCAGACUAAAACCACCAUCAGUAAUGUCCUAGAGGAGAGGUUGGAGGAGAAAUCCAGAAAAGCUGUGAGAUUUCAGUGGGAGAAGAACAUUUGAUGCAUGAUCUGACAAAAUGAUUGCUCCUGGAAAUAAAAUUCAGAAAUCCUUAUGAUUUAUCAUGUUUAAAAUAUAUUUAUUAAAGAUGCCCUUUCUUAAUGUU